CAAGAUGGCGCCCCUCCCCCCACACCGCCCCCGCGCGCUCCCGCGGAUCGGCGCGCGGCCCCGCGGCCCGCGCGCGCUCCUGGGCGGGGGAUGUUGUGAUGGAGAAGCCGCCGCGGAGCCGCAGCCCCGCAGCCUGAGCCACCUCCGCCACCUGGGCCUGGGGCCUCCCCGCGCAGCCCUUACCCCCUGCCCUGCAGGAUCUUCCAAGGCCAUGUCUGUUCCAUCAUCACUGAGCCAGUCGGCCAUUAACGCUAACAGCCACGGAGGCCCUGCCCUGAGCUUGCCCCUGCCCCUGCACGCUGCCCACAACCAGCUGCUCAACGCCAAGCUGCAGGCCACGGCCGUGGGACCCAAAGACUUGCGCAGCGCCAUGGGGGAGGGUGGUGGGCCUGAGCAGGGCCCUGCCAAUGCCAAGUGGCUAAAGGAGGGCCAGAACCAGCUCCGGCGGGCUGCCACGGCCCACCGUGACCAGAACCGAAAUGUGACCUUGACCCUGGCAGAGGAGGCCAGUCAGGAGCCUGAGAUGGCACCCUUGGGCCCCAAAGGUUUGAUGCACCUGUACUCUGAGCUGGAGCUUUCUGCCCACAAUGCGGCCAACCGAGGGCUUCGAGGACCUGGCCUGAUCAUUAGCACCCAGGAUCAGGGGCCGGAUGAGGGAGAGGAGAAGGCCGCAGGGGAGGCCGAGGAAGAUGAUGAGGAAGACGACGAGGAGGAAGAGGAGGACUUAUCUUCUCCCCCAGGGCUGCCUGAGCCUCUGGAGAGUGUGGAGGGGCCCCCUGGACCCCAGGCUCUUGCAGAUGGUCCCCGGGAGCACAGCAAGAGUGCCAGCCUCCUGUUCGGCAUGCGGAACAGUGCAGCCAGUGACGAGGACUCGAGCUGGGCUACCUUAUCCCAGGGCAGCCCCUCCUAUGGCUCCCCCGAGGACACAGAUUCCUUCUGGAACCCUAACGCCUUCGAGACGGAUUCCGACUUGCCGGCUGGAUGGAUGAGAGUUCAGGACACCUCAGGGACUUACUACUGGCACAUCCCGACAGGGACCACCCAGUGGGAACCCCCUGGCAGGGCCUCCCCGUCCCAGGGGAGCAGCCCCCGAGAGGAGUCCCAGCUCACCUGGACAGGCUUUGCUCACAGAGAAGGCUACGAGGAUGGAGAAUUUUGGAAGGAUGAACCCAGUGAGGAAGCGCCAAUGGAUUUGGGAUUGAAGGACCCUGAGGAGGGGACACUGCCCUUCCCUGCUCAGAGCCUCAGCCCAGAGCCACUGCCCCAAGAGGAGGAGAAACUGCCCCAAAGGAAUGCCAACCCAGGGAUCAAGUGUUUUGCUGUGCGCUCCCUUGGUUGGGUGGAGAUGACCGAGGAGGAGCUGGCCCCUGGACGCAGCAGCGUGGCUGUCAACAACUGCAUCCGUCAGCUCUGCUACCACAAAAACAAUCUGCACGACCCCAUGUCUGGGGGCUGGGGGGAGGGAAAGGAUCUGCUGCUGCAGCUGGAGGAUGAGACGCUAAAGCUGGUGGAGCCACAGAGUCAGGCCCUGCUGCACACCCAGCCCAUCGUCAGCAUUCGCGUGUGGGGCGUCGGGCGGGACAGUGGAAGGGACUUUGCCUACGUAGCUCGUGAUAAGCUGACCCAGAUGCUCAAGUGCCACGUAUUUCGCUGUGAGGCACCUGCCAAGAACAUCGCCACCAGCCUGCAUGAGAUCUGCUCUAAGAUCAUGGCUGAACGGCGCAACGCUCGCUGUUUGGUAAAUGGACUCUCCCUGGACCACUCUAAACUUGUAGACGUCCCUUUCCAAGUGGAAUUCCCAGCACCUAAGAAUGAGUUGGUGCAAAAGUUCCAAGUCUAUUACCUGGGGAAUGUUCCUGUUGCUAAACCUGUUGGGGUAGACAUAAUAAACGGGGCCCUGGAGUCUGUCCUGUCCUCCAGUAGCCGUGAGCAGUGGACGCCAAGUCACGUCAGUGUGGCCCCUGCCACCCUCACCAUCUUGCAUCAGCAGACAGAGGCGGUGCUGGGAGAGUGUCGGGUACGUUUCCUCUCCUUCCUAGCGGUGGGCAGAGAUGUCCACACAUUUGCAUUCAUCAUGGCUGCUGGCCCAGCCUCCUUCUGCUGCCACAUGUUCUGGUGCGAGCCUAAUGCUGCCAGCCUCUCAGAAGCUGUGCAGGCUGCAUGCAUGCUCCGCUACCAGAAAUGUCUGGAUGCCCGUUCCCAGGCCUCCACAUCCUGCCUCCCCGCACCCCCUGCCGAGUCCGUUGCCCGCCGUGUGGGGUGGACUGUCCGCAGGGGUGUUCAGUCGCUGUGGGGCUCCCUCAAGCCCAAACGCCUGGGGGCCCACACCCCCUGAAGCCCUCAGUUCUCUCUCCACCUGCUUGCACUGGGCCCCAGGGAACUCAAGGCUGUAGGGCAGGGAGGGGCCCCAGAGGUUAUUCUUAGGCCUCAGCCCCAGCCCCCUCCCAAACUGCCCUCCUCAGUAGCUGGGUUCCCUGCCGAGGGGCUGGAGAGGAAGACCUCUGAUCCCUUCAAAGAAGCGACAGUACUGGAUGGAUGACAGGAGCAACAGGAAGCAAGGCCAGCCCCACCCCACCCCACCCACUCCCCCUUUCCCGUAUUUCAGGUGGAGCAGAAGGAAUUCUUCUAAGCCAGGCCCCAUCUUUGGGGGGUCCAGCAGGGACAGAAGGAGGGGACCGGCCCAGACGUGGACCCCCUCCCUGCUGCCCCAUGGCACCUCUGCUGUACUGAUAUCACUAAUAAAGUCUGUCUG